AUGCUAAAUCCGGAUGCCUCCUUCGUCGAUGUGGUUAUCCAUAAUCGCAUCUUUUGUAUUCGAGGUUGUGGUGACGACGGUGAACGAGGUUUUGUAGAGACUGGUCUUGGUUACGACGGAGCAGAAGAAAAUUUCGGUCAUGGCUCCGGCAUGUUGGCGGUGGUUGGCGGGGGACGUGGUCUGAGACUAAAGAUGGAUAAGGGCAAAAUUGGGAACUGA